AUGGAACACGAUGCCGACUAUCCUCUCACUGCGUCGCAGAUUCAGUUCUUUGAAGACCGCGGGUAUCUUCUGAUCCGGAACUUUCUGUCCACCUCGGAAGCAGUCCAUCUGCAGCAAUGGGCGCAAGAGGUCCAUGAUCUGCCUCGGACUGAAGAUGCGCCGUGGAUGCCAUACGAGGAAGUCAAUGCAGACGGCAAAAAAGUGCUAUGUCGGACUGAAAACUUUGCCAACACGCAUGCAGGCUUCAACGCCUUCCUGCGUGGCUCGCGGACUGCCAGUGUUUUGGAGCAACUGGCAGGCGAGAAGAUGCUUCUUUUCAAAGAGAAGAUCAACUAUAAACUUGCCGGCAGUGGCGGGUUUGACCCUCACAUCGACGCCAACGCGUACACGCACGUGAAAAACAUUAAACACCUUACCAUCCUGGCCGCAGUGGACGAGAUGAAUAGCGAAAAUGGUGGACUUGACGUCGUUGAGGGAAGCCACCGCGAACAUGUCCCCCUCGGCAGCGAUCGAUGCAUUGGGCCAUCAUGGGUGGAAAGCCACACCUGGGUUCCUUGCAAUUUAAGUCCUGGCGAUAUCUUGCUAUUUGGCUCAUAUCUCGCGCAUCGCAGCGGCCCUAACCGGAGCUCCAAAGAUCGAAAGGCGAUUUAUGCAACGUACAACAGCGCGUCCGAGGGCGAGCUGCAUGACAAGUACUAUCAAGAUCGACGGGAGUUAUGGCCGGCAACGCACCUGCGCAAGGAGGGCGUAUCGUACGAGGAGGGUCGCGAGCGAUAUGCUUAUGGAUCGCCGAUGUUGACUAUUGGCGCUGGGAAGCAGAACAUAAAUUUAUCACCCAACAUACUUGACGCAGCUCAACGUACAAAUACAUACAAAAAGAUGGAUACCCCAUUAGCCAAAGCAGAAUCCAUAGUCGCCAUCCUCGAAAAGUACGGCCAAGGCGACUACCUUGGCGAAUCCAUCACUCAGCUUGAGCACUGCUUGCAGGCAGCCCAUCAGGCGCAAACAUCUGGUGGCCGUGAUGAGCUUGUCCUCGCAGCUCUCCUCCACGAUAUUGGACAAAUUAUUCCAUUGGAAGCGACAAAAGAGGUCCGAAUGAACCUUGGUCGCGACAGUGCCGAGAACGUGGGUCGCGUUGGUCAUGAAGCUAUCGGCGCGCAGUAUCUACGUUCUCUCGGUUUUAGUGAGACUGUAUGCCGGUUGGUGAACAGUCAUGUUGCAGCGAAGAGAUAUCUGACCGCUGUCAACAAAACUUAUUACGACUCACUCUCCAGCGCGUCUCAAAAAUCUCUGAAAUUCCAGGGAGGUCCAUUCAUAGGAGAGGAGCUUGAUACGUUUGAACAUGACCCGCUACGAGAUGAAAUGAUUUCAUUGAGAUUGUGGGAUGAUGCAGCCAAAGUCGUGGGCGUCGAGGAUACCACGCCACGUGCAGCAGCUUAUCAGGAUCUCAUGGUAGCGCAUUUGACGAGCCAGAAGAACUAA